UCCAAGCCUCAAAAGGCAUCCACCCACCAUCAGAGAGAGAGAGAGAGAGAGAGAGAGUCGUCUCCUUUGUUUCAACUCCUUUUUAAUGGAUUUGUUUGUGCAAGCCCAAACUCAAAAUCCUCCCAAAACCCAUCCACUACACUGCCUCACUCUCAACAAUACACAUCAAGAACAGCAGCUGCAGCUGCACCAAGAAUCAUCAGUAGUGAUCAUGAGCAAUAAUAAUAACCCAAUUGCCCAAUUUCAUCAAGAAGAGGACCAAAAAACCAAGACUGGUAAGUGGUACAUGCUUCUUUUGGUGAUCAACUACUUGUGCCUAUUUGUGGGUUCAGUCUCUUCUAGCUUGCUUUCUAAGUUCUAUUUCAUCCACAAAGGUUCAAGUAGAUGGGUCUCUACAUGGGUCCAAUCUGCUGGUUUCCCUCUUCUUCUCCUCCCCAUUUAUCUCCCUUAUUAUCUCUUCAAAUGCAAUGAGAGAAGACCCUUUGAUCGCUUCACUCCAAGAAUAUUAAUGUUGUCAAUUUUGAUAGGACUCAUGUUAGGCCUAAAUAACCUUCUCUUCUCAUGGGGGAAUUCCUAUCUCCCGGUUUCAACCUCAUCUCUGCUUCUAUCAUCCCAACUCAUAUUCAAUCUCAUUCUCUCAGUCAUCAUCGUAAAACAAAAAAUCACCUUCCAAAAUCUCAACUGCGUAAUCCUUCUAACUCUAAGCUCAGUCCUUCUAGCCUUAGGUUCAAGCCACGACAGGCCUCAAGGCUUAACCCCAACCAAAUACUUCAUAGGAUUCUUCUCCACAGUAGGAGCAGGCUUGUUAUUUGCCCUGUACUUACCAGUGAUGGAAAGGAUAUACAAGAAUGUUCACUGCUACGGGAUGGUGAUGGAAAUGCAGCUAGUGAUGGAAAUUGCAGCCACCGCACUAGCCACCGCUGGGAUGGCAACAGAUGGAGGAUUCAGAGAGAUGAAAAGAGAAAGCAAGAACGAAUUCGAUAAAGGAGUGAAGUGGUAUUGGAUGACAGUGAUAGGGAACGUAGUAACAUGGCAGUUGUGCUUUAUGGGGACGGCGGGGAUGGUCUUUCUGACGUCGUCGCUGACCGGAGGGAUAUGCAUGACGGCGCUGCUGGGCAUGAACGUGGUAGGAGGAGUAUUGGUGUAUGGAGAUGAGUUUGGUGGAGUGAAGGUGGUGUCCACUUUGCUUUGUGUGUGGGGUUUCUGUUCUUAUGUGUAUGGAAUGUACCUUAAAAUGAAGGACCAGAAAGAGCUUCGAGAAAAGGAGGAAAAAAAUCUUGGGAUGGAGAUUGCUCAUGUUGUAGCUGCCAAUAACAGUGUUUAAUUGAUGGUUAUCAUCAAUUUUUGUUUUU